AAAUGGUACUUGCGUACUAAAAUGUGACGCGGUUCUACUCCUUGUCACGGAGCAGAAGCCCCCAAACUUGUGAGUUCACGACUCUAGAGCUUGGGAAAUCGCUUUUUAGAACCUCCAACCCCUACGUACGACCUCUUUAGCCUCAUUGUCGUUUGGACUGGACCAUUUGAAAAUAUACCAACAGCACUUUUAUAUAUUGACAUCUUCAAAACCUCCCCCUUGAUGCAGUCUUCCAACCACAACACCGCCGACCGUACCACUACUUCUUACUGCUCUGCUCGUAUACACUGCUGUCUUGUUCACCAAAAUGGCCAACAACCACGCGGGCGAGUUCCCGUUGUUGGCUGCCCACAACCUCUACGCCGCCGAUAUCAAAGGAGAUGGUAACUGCCUCUUCAACGCCCUUUCCGACCAGCUCUAUGGCGACCAGAGCGAGCACAACAAGAUAAGAGCUCGCGUGAUAGAAUACAUGCGGGAGCACGCCGUCUACUUCAAACAAUUCAUUGAGGUGCUUCCUGGUGGAGGGCAACGCCGAAACCCCAAGAGGAAGAAUGCAAACGUAUAUUCGACGCCUACGACUUUCACUCCGCCAACACAGGAGGAAAUCGACCGUGUGUUUGAGACACACCUGGGGUCCAUGGCUAGGGGUGGAACCUAUGGAGACAACAUGGAGAUAUCGGCCUUUACUUCAGUCUACAAGGUCGACGUGAAGAUAUACCAGCGUGAUUUCGCCUACAUGAUCACCGCCCCAGACGAUGGGACAGUCCAUCCCGUCGCCCAUAUUGCGUAUCACACAUGGCAACACUACUCCUCGAUACGCAACACCGACGGCCCCUACACCGGCCUCCCCAAUGUCCACGAAAAACCUCUCACCCCCGAAGAAGAAGCCGCCAACCAAGCCGCCGCCGCCCAGAUGCCCCAGGUCUUCCCCUGGAUGAUAAAUGUCGUUCAGCAAUCCCUCCCCUACCUCACCGACGAAGAAACAAUCAAACGCAUCCUCGAAUCACACAAAGGCAACAUCGACGCAGCUGUGUGCUCGCUCCUCGACGCCGAAGAUGGCGCUAGCAUCUCCUCGCAGGACGGCAGUGCCAGCACAGAACGUGACCCUGACUCUGACGACGAAGAUCUCUCCGCACCGAAUAAGAAGCAAGACCGCCGUAUGAGCCGUGCCACGAAGGCCGUCCGCAAAGCAAAGGCUGAAGAACGUCUCGCCCAGGCCAUCGAAGCAGCAGGCCUCGUGUCGGAAGCAGACACCACUGGUUCAUCUGACCAUGGCGUUCCAAGGGAAUCCUCACCUACCGGCCCGCCGCGCAGGAAACUCAUCCCAAAGUCCCGACUGAAGCACAAGACUGGCGAAGAAGGCACAUCUGACUCCGCGUCAGGAACCUACUCGCCGUCCUGUUCAUCAGUCGCGUCAUCCGCAUCCCCCAGCCGCUCGUCAUCAAUAGGCCCAAUACUCGCACCAAAGAACAACAUCAAGCUUGUCGUCAAGCCGCCCGCUGUCGUACCAAAACGUAUCACAGCACGUGAACGUGGAGAUCUCAAGAAAGCAGCACAAAAAGCAGCAAGGAAAGAGAGCAAACGCGCAGCAGCAGCAGGCGCAGCAAACCGAGUGGAUGUGAAGAGCGAAACACCCACAUCUGCACCGGCGCACACACCAUCACCGCCCACAGAACUGGGAAUGGGGAUACGCACACUAUAUAUCUGAGGACAUCAUCCCACGCGCUGUCGGUCGCAGGGACAUUUAUAAUAUUCUUUCUUUCGUCGGUUUUGGAUUUGGAGUUGCAAGAUGGGGGUUGGCAGGCAAGCAGGCAUAGCGAAUUACCCCAACGGCUGGGGGAACAUGGGUUUUUUACAUCACAAUCUGGGGCGUUUUUUUAUUUACGGGUGAAACUGGGGGAAAGCAUGAAUUGAGCGAAAAGGUGCAUUGGUGGUUGCAAGCAUCUGGAAUUGACAUGAGCGAAAGACAGGGCAUGAGCGGGGCAACGGAUUUGCAUUACGCCCUGGCCGAAAUUACUUCAAAGGCGGGGGGGGGGCAUUUGUUUUUUUAAUUAUUUUGG